GUAGGUGUAUCCUCAGCUCCACUGUUCACUGCAACGACGUCCAUCCACCACGAAGAAACGUGCAGAAACAAAACAAACCAGCGGAGAUCUUUUUCUUCUGAUCUGGGCCCUUUAAACAGUUACGCUGGACUUUUCUGACACACGCUCAGACAUGUCCUAUGUCUUCAUCAAUGACUCGUCCCAGACUGCGGUGCCUCUGCUGCAGGCUUGUAUCGACGGGGACUUACCCUUUGCCAAGAGGCUCUUGGAGACGGGCUGUGACCCGAACAUCAGGGACAACCGCGGGCGCACCGGGCUGCACCUCGCCGCCGCCCGGGGCAACGUGGAGAUAUGCCGACUUCUGCACAAGUUUGGGGCCGAUCUCCUAGCAACAGAUUACCAAGGCAACACAGCCCUGCAUCUGUGCGGACAUGUUGAUACCAUACAGUUUCUGGUGUCCAAUGGGCUCAAGAUUGAUAUCUGUAAUCACAAUGGCUCAACGCCGCUGGUUUUGGCGAAGCGUCGCGGUGUGAACAAAGAUGCCAUCCGUCUGCUGGAGGGUCUAGAGGAACAGGAAGUGAAGGGCUUCAACCGCGGAGCUCACUCCAAACUAGAGACCAUGCAGAUGGCCGACAGCGAGAGUGCGAUGGAGAGCCACUCGCUCCUGAAUCCAAACCUGCAGAGCACAGAGGGCGUGCUGUCUAGUUUCCGCACCACAUGGCAGGAGUUUGUGGAGGACCUGGGCUUCUGGAGAGUUCUGCUUUUGCUCGUCGUCAUAGCACUGCUGUCUCUGGGCAUCGCCUACUAUGUCAGCGGAGUCCUGCCAUUCUCCACCAGCCAGCUUGAGCUCGUGCACUAAGACUACACCCACACCACCCACAGGACAGUACAAGACAAUACACAGUUUAACACUACCAGACAAAGGUUUGGACACACUUUUUCAUUUAUGUUGUUUCUCUUUUUUGUCAUUUUAUUUUUAUUGACGGUUUUACAAAAUAGUAAAAGAACAACAAGUGCAGUUGGAGGUAUACUAGUACAUGCAUAGACAGAGCAGCACAAACCAUUCACUAGACUUCGUUUGCUUUGAUCACAGUGGCCAAUUGACACUUCUAGAUUCAAUUUCAGGGGACUUGAAUAUUAAAUAUAAAAUAUAUUUAAAGUUUUUUCCUUUACUACAUAAUUCUUAUAUAUUGCAUCAUAUAUUUGAUGUCUUCUGUAUGUAUCUAAAGUGUCCAAACUUUUGACUGGUUGUGUACUUAAUUAUUGGGAGAAAGUCUGGUUACACUUUAUAAUAACUACUAAUUAACUACUAACUAAUCUUAAUUAGCCUCAAUAAAGCAUGAAAAAAGACUUAUCGGUAAUUCAUAAUGAAUGAACAAAUAGUUUAUUAAGAAUGACUGGCGCUUAUUUAGGUUCAGAUUUGUAACCCUAACCUUUAGAUUAGCAGUAUAGAUUAUGGGGAUAUGUAAGUAGUUACUAAAUCUGAAUCUUCUUAAAAGGUACAUUUUGUAUCUUUUCUGGUGGAGGGUCCGUCAAAUGCUUUUCUCCAUAUACUGUAGAUGUUAUUGCUUUGUCUGUAAUGUUUCACAGUAUGGUCUUAAACCUCUCUAUCCGUAUGGAGACCAAACCAGACCAAGUUACAGGUCAGAUCUGUGGAGAGGCAACCCUGCUCAUUCAGAAUGCCUGUUUUUCAAGG